ACGACGAAACUAAGGGAACCGAUCAUGUCCUCUCACAGGCACCGUACUUAAGGGAUCCCUCUGCUCCUCUGUUUCUUUUCCUUUAUCUCGCAUCUAACAUGAUAUGCUCAGAGAUUUGUUACACUCAGAUUAUUGAAGAUAGAUUUUGCAAUUUACACUAUGAUAUAUUCAUUUACUUGUUUAUUAGUAAAAGUUGGUUGCAUUUCUUUCAAAUUUAAUCUAGAAUUUUGUGUCUGGUAUCCGACCUGUUACUGGAUAAAAAUACUCUUUCUUCAUCAGUCUUUGUCUUCCUGGCUCUCUGCAUCAAAUAUAAACUGACUGAUGGUUACUAAAUGAUCAGAAUGUAUUUGCCUGAAACCAUAGACUUCAAUCUCAUAUAUUUGAAACUUUAAUACUUUUCUCAAUGUUUUUCAGAAUGUUUUGUCUUUUCUCUCUGGUUUCUCUGCUGCUGAUUCCUGUGAUCUGCAACAAGGGAUGGGAUAUUAACUACUCCAGUAAGACAAAAUGUGCUCUAAAGGGUUCAACAGUAACUGUAUCAGGCACUUAUAAACACCCAAAUCAUCUCACAGUGACAGAGAUAUUCUGGACUGUAAACCCAUCUAAACGACAGGGUAUCAAUCUGAUGACUCUUCCAGAUUACAGAGACAGAGUUCAGUACUUCCCGAAUAAAGAAGACAGAAUGUUCUUUCUCAAACUCAGUAAUGUGACACAUGAAGAUGAAGGAAUGUACUGCAUCAGAAUCCUGGCAGGUGUAGAAGAUCAAAGAUUUCUGGGUUAUCCUGGGAUUGAGCUCAAUGUGACAGAGCUCAGAGUGGAGAUUCCUGCAGAGAUCAUUGAGGGAGCAUCACCUGUUUUAUUUUGUAGGACCACCUGUGACCUAUCAGAUAAAACAGACUUCACCUGGUAUAAAAAUGGCAAGCGUUUAUCAGAAUCGAUCGUCUCAGAUCAGCUGUUGCUGCGGUCGGUCAGCAGAGAUGAUACGGGAAACUACAGCUGUGCACUGAGAGAUCAGAAACAUCUGUCGUCUCCUGCCGUCACUCUCAGCGUCAGAUUAUUUUUAUAUUUUUCAGAUCCUCCACAGAGCGUCUCGGUGUCCAUCAGUCCGUCUGGUGUAAUAGUGGAGGGAGAUUCAGUGACUCUGAGCUGCAGCAGUGAUUCAAACCCUCCUGCUCUCAUCUUCAGAUGGUUUAAGGAGAAUCAAAGCUCAGCUGUUGGAUCUAGACAGAGUUUCAUCAUCUCCAGCUUCAACUCCAGUCACAGCGGACGCUACUCUUGUGAGGCUCAGAAUCAACACGGAUCUCAGAGAUCAGACUCUGUUUCAGUCGCUGUUGAAGAAAGCCGCUCAGCUCUGAUCUGGGUCGUGGGGGGGAUCUCUGCAGCUGUUGUCCUGAUGUCUGUGAUUCUGAUGGUCUUCAUCGGGCUCUUGAUCAGAAGGAAACGAGCGACUCCAUCAGAAGAGCAAAACCCCAGAGGAUCAGCACACAGUAAGACGCCGGGGGCUCCUGAGGACACCUACAUGACCCUUGACCCCAAGUCCAGAUGUUCUGAAUACGACACACUGGAUAAUAUGAAGAGAUCCUGUGAAAACACAGACGACCCUGAAGCUCAGGAUCCUACAUAUUAUAACUCUGACAAAUGAUUAAUACACAAUUUGGCAUUUUUUUAAUAAUCAAUUUUCUCUGGCUUAGAAUUAAACAUGUUGCUAUUUGCUUUUGUGCUUUUAAAAAACACAAUUUUCUCUAUUAUUUUGUAAUCUGUGUGAUUUUGCAAACUUGUAGAAGUUCAGAAUAAGCUGAUUUUACAGGUUAGAAAGUUACAGUAGAUACUCAGAAAGUU